CAUCAACAGAACUAUGAAGCCAUCAUCAAUUCAUGGAGCGAAUAAUCCCGGCAAGUCGUAACCGUCUCUAACCGACUCCGAUCAGCACAGAAACCAAGAAAUGCUCUCCUCCGCCGCCGCCCUAUUCGGCAACCCCAUCUCCCUCACUCUCACUCCUCCUCCUCCUCCUCCUCUCACUCUCUCUCUUCACUUCAAGAACCGCGCUUUCCUCACUCGCUUCUCAAUCUCAGCCAACCAUGACUCUAUCAAGUCACAGGUCCAUCUCGACAGUCUUCGGGUUUUGGAAUGGGAUAAGCUCUGCGAUUCCGUCGCCGGCUUCGCUCGUACUCCGUUAGGCCGCGAAGCCACCAAGGCAAAGCUAUGGUGUUUGAGCCAGACCUACGAAGAAAGCUUGAGGCUUCUGGACGAAACCAAUGCCGCGGUUGAGAUGCUCAAGCACGGCGCUUGCAGUUUGGAUUUUGGCGGUGUUAAAGUCGUUUUGGUGGAAUCUGCUAUACAACGUGCUCGGAGGAGCUCAGCGGUGGAAGGAAUCGAAGCGGUAGCUGUGAUGGAGCUGCUGCAGUACGCAGAGCAUUUGCAGAGUAAUCUGAAAGGUGCAAUCAAGGAAGAUGCGGAGUGGUACAGGCGAUUUAUGCCUCUUUCGGAAGUGAUAAUGGGAUUUGUGGUAAACCGAUCACUAGCUAAGCUGAUACAGCAAGUUAUAGAUGAAGACGGCCGUGUUAAAGACUCUGCGAGUCCAAACCUGAAACGUUUACGCAAUCAAGUUCGGACGCUUGAGAAAAAGAUAUAUCAGUUAAUGAACAGCCUAGUCCGGAAUGACAAGAGUGUAACACCACUUCUGGAAGUGAGUACCGUUGAUGGAAGGUGGUGCAUAAAAUCCAGUGCUAAUGAAAUGACAAGUUUCAAGGGUCUACUGUUGCCCAGUGGUUCAGGCAAAGGAAGCAUUGUUGAGCCAUUAUCUGCUGUCCCUCUGAACGAUGAAUUACAACAAACAAGGGCACUAGUAUCAGAGGCUGAGGCGGAGGUUCUCUCUAUGUUAACAGAAAAGAUGCAAAUGGAUCUUGAGAAUAUUGAACAGCUAUUAAACAGUAUUAUUGAACUGGAUGUGGUGAAUGCCCGAGCAACUUAUGGCCUAGCAUAUGGAGGAACAUGUCCCAAUAUAUAUCUCCCAGGAGGUCAUAGUUCUUCUGCGAGUGAUGCCUACAUUUCUGGGAACAAACAUCCACAGGCAUCCUAUUCCAAAAAAAGUGGAUGGGUGUUGUAUCUGCCGAAAGCUCAUCAUCCUUUAUUACUGCAACAGCAUAGACAAAAUUUAAAGAAGGCCAGGAAGGAUUCCAAGAAUGUGACUCUGGUUCACCCAGUUCCAGUUGAUUUUUUUAUCACACAGAAAAUUCGAGUUUUGGUUAUCACUGGCCCUAAUACAGGGGGAAAAACCAUUGGCCUGAAGACUGUAGGAUUAGCAGCUAUGAUGGCAAAAUCAGGUCUUCAUGUUUUAUGUUCUGAGUCGGUACACAUCCCUUGGUUUGAUUCAGUGUUUGCUGACAUUGGUGAUGAACAAUCCCUGUCUCAAUCUCUGUCCACAUUCUCGGGCCACCUAAAACAUAUAAGCGACAUACAAUUGCAGUCAACAAGUUGCUCACUCGUGCUACUAGAUGAGGUCGGUGCGGGAACAAACCCCCUUGAAGGAGCAGCGCUGGGGAUGUCACUAUUGGAAUCUUUUGCUGAAACUGGUGCUUUGUUGACAAUUGCCACAACACAUCAUGGUGAACUCAAAACCCUGAAAUACAGCAAUGACGCCUUUGAAAAUGCAUGUAUGGAGUUUGAUGAAGUGAACUUAAAGCCCACUUACAGAAUUCUCUGGGGAGUACCAGGGCGUUCAAAUGCAAUCAAUAUAGCUGAAAGGUUGGGACUACCUGGUAGAGUAGUUGAUAAUGCCCGAGAACUGUAUGGUGCAGCUAGUGCAGGGAUAGAUGAGGUUAUAGUUGAUAUGGAACGGUUAAAGCAGGAGUAUCAAGAGCUUUUAUAUGAAGCACAGAAUCAUCUGACGAUCUCAAGAGAGUUGCAUGAGAAACUGUUGGUUGCCAAAAGGAAGAUUAUGGAACAUGGUAAUGAUCAAAGAUUUAGGCAAAUGCGAGAAAUAUCUGAGGCUGCUGCAAUGGCACGAUCUAUUCUUCACAAAAAAGCUCGAAAGCAACGCGAAUCUGCAAUUCAAUCUCUGCAGCCUACUUUGGAGCGAAAAAGACAGCUUGCAUUGGCAACAAAUGCAACUGAUAAUGGUGAGAAUUCAACCACAAAAAGAAGGGUAUCCUCUUCUGAAGAUGUUAAAAAAUCGCCAUCAGAUUAUGUUUCAGAUAAGUUUGAGCUUCCCAAGGUUGGCAAUAUGGUGUUUGUUUCUUCGCUUGGAAAGAAGGCGACAGUUUUGAGAGUGGAGCCAUCUAAGGAGGAAAUUUUGGUUCAAGCUGGUAACAUAAAGAUGAAACUGAAACUAGGUGACAUCAAGACGUGACCGGUAGGAAUAGUUGUUACAUGUAAAUGUCAUCGAUGAUGUAAAUGAAAAGGAUUACUGCCUAGUGCCUGCAUAAGCACACAUUAAUGGGAUUUUUGUCAAGUGUUGCCAUAUGUUGUAUACCAUCAUCAGUGGUGCAGUCGGGAAAGAGAGAAGGCUAAAACAUCCAAAGCAUCAGGAAAAUAUGUACAGAGCUCAGUGAUUCUUAUUAACUGCCAAGAAGUAUGCUGAUUUUAGGCCCAAGGCAGACAGAUCGGAAGGCCGAAAGGGAGAGAGACACAGAAAAUUAGGAAUUUUUUUUUCUUCAACUUGAUAGCUUGUAAUGAAUCCCAGCAAUAAGGUUGUGUGGUUAAAACUUAAAACCCACGUGAACCUCAUAAAUUUAAUGUCAUGAGUCAUGACUAGUGAAGAAUGGGACAUGGAACCGAAAGAGCGGUGCAUUUCUGGCCUUUGUUAUUUUGGUUUGGGAAAUCGCAUCUUCUUGUUGACUUUAGUGCUCGUAAACCGUGAGAACUAGAUCAAGCCAAGUAUUCUACCCUGUAACCUUUCUUCUUCAUUCAUUUUCUGGGGUAGUUCACA